AUGGCGGAUUUAGAAAAUUUACUCUUGGAGGCGGCUGGGAGAACCCGACACUCUCGUCCAACUUUAAGAAGGGAGGAUGAUUCGGAUGAUGAACAUGAUUAUCAACGAAAUCACUCUGGUUCACAGGUUACUCUAAAGAGGAGAUUUGAUCCAAAGGAAAGAGAUGAUGAUGGCAAGGGAAGUCGGGAAGAAGGGGAUGAUAAUGUUGGUGACCGAUCUGAUCACAAGGGUGCUAGUAGCGAUGAAUCUGAUUUUGGUGAUGAUCUUUAUAAGAAUGAAGAUGAUAGGCGUAAACUUUCUGAGAUGACUGAACUUCAAAGAGAGAUGAUAUUGUCAGAUAGGGCUACCAAGAAGUAUGAUAAAGAUUUUUUGGGGAAGAUAGCAUCAAAGCGGGAGAAGGGAAAGACAACUAUACCUCGGAAACAGACUUCACCUCCCUCACCAUCUCGUGUGCGUUCAUCAGUCAGAUCAGCUGAUAGGUCAACUGCCAAGCAUGGUGCAUUAAAUGAAUUGCGUGCAAAAAGAUUAAAGCAGCAAGAUUCAGAAGCCAACCGCAGACUAAGUAAGGCAUCCAAAAGUUCAGGGCCUGUAAAGGUUUCACCAAAGCACAAACCCUUUUCUUCAACAAGUCUCACUAGUUCCAGUGACAGUGAAAAUAGGUCCCUCAGUGAUGAUGAAGAGUCAAGUGAUGACGACAGAAUCAUUGACAGUGAUGAUGACCGGAUAAUGUUAAGAUCUGAAGGGCUUUCAUUUGAGGAUAUAAAAGAAAUCACCAUUCGCAGAUCGAAACUUGCAAAAUGGCUCAUGGAGCCCUUUUUUGAGGAGUUAAUUGCUGGUUGUUUUGUAAGAGUUGGUAUUGGUAGAUCAAAGUUUGGGCCUAUCUACAGGCUCUGCAUGGUAAAAAAUGUUGAUGCCACAGAUUGUGAUCGACAGUAUAAAUUUGAAAAUAAAAUCACACACAAGUACUUAAAUCUUGUCUGGGGAAAUGAAACUUCUGCUGCAAGGUGGCAAAUGGCUAUGGUUAGCGACUCUCUUCCACUUGAGGAGGAGUUCAUCCAAUGGGUUAAGGAAGUAGAACAAAGAGGUGGUCGGAUGCCAACAAAGCUAGAAGUGGAAGAAAAAAAACAAGCUAUACAAAAGACCAACUUGUUUGUUUACUCAGCAGCUACUGUGAAGCAGAUGUUGCAAGAGAAAAAAUCUGCCAAAACAAGGCCACUAAAUAUUGCAGCUGAGAAAGAUCGGUUAAGGACGCAAUUAGAAAUAGCACAGAGUAAGCAAAAUAAAGCUGAAGUGAAGAGUAUCAUGACAAGAUUGCAAGAAUUGGAGGAAUCUCGGCAGUCUAAGGAGAAGGAUGCCAGGGCUUUGAAGCUUUCUGAGAUGAAUAGAAAGAACAGGUUUGAGAACUUCAAAAAUGCUUCUGAAUUGAAGCCAAUAAAUAAGGAUUUGAAAGCAGGGGAGGCGGGUUAUGAUCCAUUUUCAAGGAGGUGGACUAGAUCAAGAAAUUACUAUGCCGCAAAACCAGCUGAAGAGGCUGCAGCUGAAAAUGACAGUGCCAGUGAUGCGGUGGCUGAUGUACGCAGCUAUCAGACGGGAACAGCUGGGACAGUGGUGGCUGGCAUGGCGGCUACUGCUGCAGCUUUGAAAGCUGCUGCCGGUGCUGGUAAGUUAGUAGACACAAGUGCUCCGGUGGAUCAAGGAACAGUGUCAAACGUGCUGCACGAUUUUGAGCUGCCAAUAUCAUUAUCCAUACUCCAAAACUUUGGUGGAGCCCAAGGAGUUCAGGCGGGGUUUAUGGCUAAAAAACAGAGAAUAGAAGCAAUUAUUGGAUUUCAAGUCCCGGAAAAAAAUGAUUGGAGGGAUGCGCUGACAUUAACAAUUAGUGAUUACAAGAGAAGAAGAGGCCUUCUUUGA